UGCUGAGGCGCGUAAUCAGCCGGGCCGGAGAAGCAGCCGCGCUUGCUGAGGGGAGGCGAUGGCGGUGGUGGCCGCGGCGGCGGCGGUGAGGCUGGCGGCGGCAUUGGCAUUAUUGCGGUGGUUUCCUAGCAGAUGGAGCUGAGCCGGCGCGGGCGGGCGGGCAAGCGAACGAGGAGGCCGGCUGAAACGGACGGACGGAGCGGCUUUAUUAUUCCACCACCCCUCCCGACCGCAGGAGCCCCUUCCUCCGAUGAAGGCUCAGCCUGCCAGCGCGGUGGUGGCUGCUUCCUGAGCUCAGCGCGAAAUGACCAGAACUCACUUGUCCCGAUGCCCCGUGGUUUGCUUCACCAGCCUGCCCUGGGAACAGCACUGUCGCUUUAAUAAUUCCAUGUCAAGGGAUUGCUUUCAAUCCUCUUGGGUGUAAUACAAGAGGAUCAGAGGGAUGUUACAGACCAAAAGGCUGGGUGGAGAGACUACAAAUGAGAGUGCGGCUGUGCGGGUAACCAACUGAAACUUCGGAGCUUAGUUUCCAGCAUCCAGAAGAUCAGGAUGUCUGUCUAAUGGGCAAAAAUCCUUGUGACUGCAUCCGGAAGAAAGAAAGAAAAACUCCUCUUUGAAUUGCCUCCAGCUUCUUUUAGAAUUUUAUUGGGAUUAUUUAAGACGGGGUUGGGCGGUUUUGGACUCUGGAAUACUGAGAUUGCCAAGUUUUUGGACUGUGUGCCUUAAUUGCAUUUUUUUGGGGAGUGGGGAGGGAUGUUCACUGAACUUCUGAAUACAAUACAAAAACAAUCCUUUGUGGUUGGAAGAGGGAUUCUUAGACGCUUUUGUAAACGGAUGUAUGUUUUCUCCGAUAUAUUUUUAUAGCUUGGGAAAAUACUUUGCAGAUUUUGACAACGGCUUGUGGCAGACAUUCUCUCAAACUCCCCUCCCUGCCUUUGCUCUUUUCCUGGGGAUGUGGGAAGUUUUUAACGUGAGGAAUUACGAGCAUCCUUGGUAGGAAAUGAAGAAAUAGAGUCCUUUUUUUAAACCUGAACCAUUUUGAGUGGGACGGCAGACUUCUGACUUCCCAAGAUAAUCCCGGAAGGACUCUACAGGAAAUAAAUACUUGCAUCCAGUGCCAGAGGUAACAGGAAGAAUGCCAGUGAAGAAGAAAGAUACUGAUCGAGCUUUAGCACUUCUGGAAGAUUAUUGUAAGAAGUUAAAAAGGCCAGAGGAGCAACAACUGAAAAAAGCCAUUAAGAAAGUGAUGGGCAUCUUUAAAAGCAGUUUGUUCCAGGCCUUGCUAGACAUUCAAGAAUUCUAUGAAGUGACACUACUGAACUCUCAGAAAAGUUGCCAGCAAAAGGUAGAAGAAGCCAACCAGGUUGCAGAAAAGUGGGAAAAAACACCGCCUCUAGGAACGGAUAAUGAAAAUCAGCCCAAAAGAUCAGAGAUAGUGGCUUCAGAUGGGUCUGACAGAUCUGAGGUACAUGAACAUCAGGAGAAGGGGAAAUCAGUUUACGAUCACUGUUCCACUGAGCACGUUGCCAAGCAGAGUCACACAAGAUGUCCUGCCCACAAAUGUUCAGUCCAGUCUCCUGAGUGGCUGCCUAUUCAACAUUCUUCUAAGUAUCAUUAUCAAGAUGAAGAUGCACCCCAUGACCAUACUUUACCUCGUUUAACCCAUGAAGUGAGGGGUCCAGAACUAGUCCACGUUUCUGAAAAGAACUUAUCGCAGAUAGAAAAUGUCCAUGGAUAUGUUCUCCAGUCGCACAUCUCGCCUCUGAAGGGCAAGCUUUGGAUAAAGAAUUAUAUUCCGUGGAAUUCUGGGAGUUGAAGUCCACAGGUCUUAAACUUGCCAACUCUAGAUACUAUACCAUAUGUCAACGGCACAGAGAUUGAAUAUGAAUUUGAAGAAAUUACAUUGGAAAGGGGCAAUUCUGGCCUGGGGUUCAGUAUUGCUGGAGGAACAGAUAACCCACAUAUUGGCGACGAUCCCGGAAUAUUUAUUACUAAGAUAAUACCAGGAGGAGCUGCUGCAGAGGAUGGAAGACUCAGAGUCAAUGAUUGCAUUUUGCGAGUGAAUGAGGCCGACGUAUCCGAAGUUUCACAUAGCAAAGCUGUUGAGGCGCUGAAGGAAGCUGGCUCCAUCGUACGUCUCUAUGUCCGUCGGAGGAGGCCUAUUCUGGAGACUGUGGUGGAAAUUAAACUGUUCAAAGGACCCAAAGGUCUGGGAUUCAGCAUUGCCGGAGGCAUAGGAAACCAGCACAUCCCUGGGGACAACAGCAUCUACGUCACAAAAAUUAUUGAUGGUGGAGCAGCCCAAAAGGAUGGGCGGUUGCAAGUAGGGGACAGGCUUCUUAUGGUAAAUAAUUACAGUUUAGAAGAAGUAACACACGAAGAAGCAGUAGCAAUAUUGAAGAAUACAUCUGACGUAGUCUAUUUAAAAGUGGGGAAACCAACCACCAUCUAUAUGACCGACCCUUAUGGCCCUCCAGAUAUUACUCAUCCUUAUUCCCCACCAAUGGAAAACCACAUCCUGUCUUCAGGCAACAAUGGCACUUUAGAAUACAAGACCUCGCUGGCUCCCAUCUCACCUGGAAGAUACUCACCUAUCCCAAAGCACAUGCUAGUGGAAGAUGACUACCCCAGGCCUCCUGAACCCGUUUACAGCACUGUGAACAAAUACUGUGAUAAGCCACCUUCUCCUAGACAUUAUUCCCCUGUCGAGUGUGACAAAAGCUUCCUUCUUUCAGCUCCCUACCCCCACUACCACAUAGGCCUGCUCCCUGACUCUGAAAUCAUCAGUCAUUCCAGGCAUAGUUCUGUAACCCAGCCUCCCAUCGUGAAUAUCCAGAGGACCAUGUCAAUAGAAGGCUCUUUCAGUGUCAUCUUCAUACGAUCCCUCAAAGGAGCAGGCCAGGUGGUGACCAUUAUAGCACAAUACCAGCCUGAAGAGUACGCUCGAUUUGAGGCUAAAAUCCAUGAUCUGCGCGAACAGAUGAUGAAUCACAGCAUGAGUUCCGGGUCAGGCUCCCUGCGAACCAAUCAAAAGCGUUCUCUCUAUGUCAGGGUGGAAAGGAAAGAGAAGGCGCGUUUAAAAACAGUGAAAUUUAAUUCCAAGCCUGGUGUGAUUGAUGCCAAGGGGUCAUUCAAUGACAAGCGUAAAAAGAACUUCAUCUUUUCACGAAAAUUCCCAUUCUACAAGAGCAAGGAGAUGUGUGAUCAGGACACCAGUGACCCGGAACAACAUCUCUCUUCUAAUGCCAGCGAUAGUGAAAGUAGCUACAGAGGACAAGAGGACUGCAUUCUCUCCUAUGAACCGGUUACACGGCAGGAAAUUAAUUACACCAGGCCAGUUAUUAUCCUUGGCCCAAUGAAAGAUCGGAUAAAUGAUGAUUUGAUAUCUGAGUUCCCUGACAAAUUUGGCUCCUGCGUCCCACAUACCACUCGACCGAAGCGCGAUUAUGAAGUGGAUGGUAGAGAUUACCACUUCGUCAUCUCCAGAGAACAAAUGGAAAAGGACAUUCAAGAGCACAAAUUCAUCGAAGCUGGCCAAUACAACGAUAAUCUGUAUGGAACAAGCGUGCAGUCUGUGCGAUUUGUAGCCGAAAGGGGCAAGCACUGUAUCCUUGAUGUAUCAGGAAACGCAAUUAAACGACUUCAAGUUGCGCAACUGUACCCUAUUGCAAUCUUCAUUAAGCCUAGAUCAUGGGAGCCUUUGAUGGAAAUGAAUAAACGUCUCACGGAGGAACAGGCCAAGAAAACGUAUGACCGCGCCAUGAAAUUAGAACAAGAAUUUGGAGAAUAUUUUACAGCAAUUGUCCAAGGAGAUACCUUAGAAGAUAUAUAUAACCAAACCAAACUUGUGAUUGAAGAACAAUCGGAUUCCUUCAUCUGGAUUCCUUCCAAGGAAAAACUAUAAAGUCACCGAUCCACACCUCUGAUCACAACGGAGAAGUAUUUAGAAGAAAAUUUAAUCCUAACUUAUUUGGAAGCUUCAGGGCGGGCUGUGGGGGGGAAAAGUUACUUUCACGUUUCUUGCUGUCAAUGUGAUUAUUAUUAUUCUUAUUUUCUGAACAUACAACACAAACUAUCGGAAGCCAUGAAGGACACUGAUUUAGUCGUAAAAGGGAAAGAAAAGAAAAAAAAAGAAAGAAAGAACAAUUUUUUUUAAAAAAAAGAAAAAAAAACAAGUCUGCCAUAUUAAAUCUCUCUUCACACACACAUGCAUACACAUACACUCAGGCACAUAUACACACAGCACAAACUGUUCUGUGUGCUCACCACACAGCUUUAUAAGGAUGAACCCGGAGGCAGAUAUGACCAGUCCACUGCCUCCCUUCCAGCCUGUAAUGGCUCAGCUCAGUGUGCUUCUCGGUGGUUGAAAACCCAAAAAUCUCCUGGGUGUCUUAAUCCUACAGGACGUAUCCUUUGAGUAAAGCGGAUGUGGACACAAGUCCUACCUAACACAUCGCUGGAGGAAGAGCUGAACGGCCUACGGCUUUGCCGAAUCUCAUCCAUAAGCCGCCGAACUCUGCUGAGACCUUGAAUGCUUUUAUUAUGAUUAUUAUUAAUUUUCCCAGAUGUUGGAUCAGAGAUUUCCUUUGAUCAUAGGUACAUCUGUAUUUGCAGCACCUCGACUUUCAUACAACUAUGCAUAUCUCUCCUCCCCACCCCUCCUCCCCAUCCCAAUCCUAUCUGGAGCAUAAUUUUCCCCCCUCUCAACUUCAAAUCCCACCGUUGCGUCUGGAUCUUAAUCAUUCAAUGAGAUUUGAUGGGAAGGAAAGCUUUCGUAUUGAAGUGCAUGUUCCCACGAACACUCAAGAUUCAGGGUACUUAAAACUUGACCAAGAAGAGGGGUACAAUGGCGGGGGGGGGGGAGAAAGCUUUACAUUUUAUUUUAAUUAUAUCUAUAUUAUCAUUUAUAUGAAGAUAGAAGGCACUUAAAAGAUGGAAUAAUUUAUUUAAAAAAAAUCUAUAUUGAUGUAUAGGCGCUAAUUUCUAAAGGUAACAAAAUAUUUUGUGAGACUUUUGUAAAGAUUAAGUUCAUUGAAAGGUGAAUUACGUUGCACCUGGGUGGGCAGGAGGAUGCAAAAGGUGAAUUUUCAAUUUGCACUAUUUCAUUCUUUCUUUUUUCCCCAGUAGAUUUCUUAAGAAUUUUGACUUCUAUAUGUUCAUCCUCUUUGUUUGAAUUUAGGAAUUUAGGUCUCAUGCAUUCCUAUUUUAUUUUAGAUAAGAAAAAUUUACUUUGCAUAAUACACCUAAAAUGCACUUAGUACAAAAGGAAAAUAUUAUAUAUCUCUUUGUUUAAAAGAGUCCCACCUCACCCUCAUUUCCCUCACUCCCAUAAAUAAACU